AAAAUUUCUUAAAUCUCCAUCCGAACUAUUUUCUCGUUGCAGUUUACUUAGCAACAGUUGGGCAAGAUGUCCCUGUCGCUAUUAGUUAAUAUUAGCCCAUCUUCGAAUGUUCCAAACUUAGGGCACCUGGAACUAGGUAAUCGUAGCUGUAAGGAAAAUAGUGGUGAUGGUUCAUCCAGCGAAGGAAAGACCAAGGACGGAUUACCAGAGCAAAAUGAGUUAACUUCUCGUGAAAUCCGGAUUACUCUUGAUAGCCCCGAUGAUGUUUACAGCCAAAUUUGGCAGGUGAUUCAGAAAUAUCCGUCGCUGGGUGUGACGGAGCUCAGGAUUCUUCCCAAUGAAAUUGUUUCCAAAAGUGGUAGAGCUUGGGUACGAAGUGGUGGCAAACUGAGCUACGACUGCAAGUGGUUGCAGAACGAUAAAGGAUCCCGGAAGUGCGAGCCCAUGACGUUUUUGAACUCUCCAAGACAAGCAUCGUCUAAUCGACGUCGAAUUUUUCAAGGUUUUCACGAAUACGAUAUUGCAGUAGCCAUCGAAAGAACAGAAAUGACGGCCGAUUUGAUGACCGAAAUUGAACGUGAAUUUCUUAUUCUAAGAGAAUUGGAUAUUCACGAAAACUUUAUUCGCUAUUUCUGCUAUGAAACGGAUCAAAAAAACGAUUUCGUGUAUAUUGCGACAGAGCUGUGCUUGUGCUCUAUUGGUGACAUCUUUGAGCGUGAACCGGCAAAUGGUCCGUUGAAAACGGCUAUAUUAUCAUCGCUAACAGCAAAGGGAAUCUUGUUCCAGGCAACCAGGGGACUUGACUACCUUCACCAAAAUCAUUUCGUCCAUCGCAACGUAAAGCCGAGCAGUUUCCUUGUAAAGGAAAUACUAUCGGGCAGUGGCUCGCCUCGUUACGCAAUCAAGAUAACAGAUUUUCGGUUGAGCAGAAUGCUUGAUCCUGAUAAGGAUUUGUCUGGAACUGUUGCGUCGGAAGGGUGGGAGUCCCCCGAGAGCCGACGCAAGAAUCAGCCACUUCAUCAGUCCUUGGACGUGUUUAUUCUCGGCUGUUUCUAUCACUACGUCUUGACUGGAACAGACGAUGUGGGUUCCAGGCCGUCUCAUCCGUUUGGUGAUGGUGAAGGUGCACGUCUUCAGAACAUUCCCAAUUCUAAAUACGCUGUGUACAAAGAAAAAUGGAAGCCAUCACGAGUACAGAAUGAAAAUGCAAUAGCUUUGAUUAAGCAGAUGCUCCAGUUCGAUGAAAAACAGCGGCCAAGCUUAUCGCAAGUCCUCGACCAUGAAUAUUUCCGACCACCGACCAAGGAACACUAUCCAAUAUACGAUUCUAACAAGCCAGGCAUUUGCGUUAUCUUUAACCAGGAAUAUUUCUCCAAGCUUCAACACCGGGCCGGAAGCGAAUCUGAUUGGAGAAGCUUAAAACGCAUCUUCUUGAAAUUGGGUUUUGAGGUUGUCAUUCAUCACGAUUUGAUGUCGUACGAUAUCAAAGGCGAGAUGAAAAAACUGGCAGCUAGAGAUUUCUCGCAAUAUGGCUGCCUAGUUGUUUGUCUCUUGUCUCACGGCAUAGAGAACGCUGUUGCCGGCUUUGACGGGCAUUAUGUCAACAUUAACAAGCUCAAGUACAAAUUUUCCUACAACUUUUGUCCUAGCCUGUACGGCAAACCGAAAAUCUUCGUCGUUCAAUCGUGCCAAGGAGAAUUGGAACAGAAUCAAAAACAGGUCGUACCACUAGUCUUCCCAGGAUCAGACAGUGCCGAAGGAAACAAAGAAUCUACCGUGCAGCUGAGCCCUGCAUCCGCUGCUAUCAAAUACAUGUCCAAUUGCUUUAAAUCCUUCAACGUCAAAGAAGACAAACUCAAUCGGAAUCCCCCUAUUAUGGAUUUUAUAACCAUUAAAUCCACUAUUCCGGGUUUCGUUUCCUUACGGAAUUUUUGUACUGGUUCCUUUUUCAUUCAAGCAUUGUGUCAGAAAAUGGAAGAAGAAUAUUUAACCAGCGCGUAUGACGGCAUGCUGCCCGAUGAAAAGAUCAUUCGUGACCUGGAGGGGAUCUUGAGAGGAGAGGACGGCGUCCAGUCCAUCAUGAACAGCAAUAUAACGAAAAAAGAAUAUAGGCAGACCAUUUCGUGCGAAACCUACCUCAGGAAAUACAUCGUGUUCAGACGCAUCACCAACCAGAACGUCUUUACCGAUGACGAUGCAACAGAUAACGAUGGUGAAUCCAGCAAUCGCCGACUAACAGAACGAAACCAUUUCUUCGUUAACAAUAGCGCCCCGUCUCCGGCAGAAGAAUCCGCGUCACCUUAAAAGGUUCAAGUUCGGCUAGUCUUGUCAUUUAAAAGAAAAUUUUAUUCGUGUAUUUGUAUAUGUGUAUUGACACUAUAAUUGUUUAACGCCGGCAUUCUAGGAGAAACAAUAAAGAAAGAAAUACCAA